UAAAAGUUUAAAUAAGAGGGAGGGUCAAUCAAACCCAACUGUCACCCCCGCCCCGCCCCGCCCCCACCCAGCCGCGGGGAGAGACGGGUAGGAGCCAAGUCUCCCCCCGAGCGGGGAAGGAGGCGGCAGCCGUCGGCGAGCAGAAGGGUGGCCAUCCUUCUAGGAUUGACCUAGAUUCUCCAGGAACUGAAGGAUCAAUCUCCAGGUCACUGCGGGCAAACUCAGAUGGAGAUGAGGAGGAAUUUCUUCUGUCAAAGGCUCGUUAGUCUUUGGAAUUCUUUUCCCCAGAGAGCAUUGAAGGCUGGGUCAUUGAAUACAUUCAAAGCUUUGAUUGACAGGGAGCCAAAGGUUGUGGGGGACAGGUUAAUUCUGCUGGAAAUAAAUGAACUGCAGGGUAAAAUGUCAAACUUUGAAGGGUUACCAUUAUCAAGAGAAAUGCAAGACUUACAGAAUCGAUUUAAUACAAUGAUGCGUACAAUCAACAGCAACUCAAAGGUUGCAGCUUUCAUGAGCUCCUCUGUGGGUCAGUACCUGGAUGACCACCCUUUUCUUGCCUUGUUACUACUAGUUUUUACCAUAAUGUCAGCCUUGCCAGUUGGUUUGUUCCUGAUUUUUGCAGUGAUUACAUCCCUUUUGGCCUUCAUUGGUUUCAUUGUGAUGGAAGGUCUGAUGCUGUCAAUAGGUGGAGUUAUCCUCCUUUGUUUUUUAUGUGGGCUGGUUCUCAUUUCAUUGGUCAUCACUUCUUUUCUGGCUAUCUGCAUUUUUACCUUUUCUACAACAAUGAAUUAUUAUCACCAUUCAAGCACUCCAAAUAAGGAAGAAGAGGCUGUCAGCCAAUCAGCAAUUUCAUAUCCAGAUAGCACCGAAUCCAAACCCACCUUGAAGAAGGACUAGAUUGCAAAGUACCCCUAGAAUUUCUGCGUUAGGUUGUAUUUAUGUAAAACUAUUUUAUUUUCACUAUUUUCCUUUAACGAGAAGCGCUUUUGUUUUGCCUUUGAACACCACUGCAGAUGUUAGUCCUCACAAUUUGUUUGGUAUUUUAGUUUGUUUAUUGUCAUUAUCAAUGGGCACCUUUGUACACUUUCAACUUUAACCUAAUAUUUAACAUAAUUAUCACUUAACAUGGAAAUCUAGUUAUUGGGCCCAGUAUACUGUGUGUUAUUACCUGCAUCAGCAAUGAUUACCGUCGUACCUAUGGGUUCUAACUGCUGUGUGAUGAUAUUUUAAAUCUAUUAUCAAUGAAAUAGAUACUCAGAGCAAUAUAAAUGCAUUUGAUCCAUGACAGUUUACUUUAUACACUUUGAAACAACAGAAUUGUUAAAAAUACAAAUGUUUAGUAAAUAUUAACAAGUUAAAUUGUAGUUAAAACUUAAGAAAUCUAUGUUGGAAAGAUUGUUUCUGCUGUCUGGCUGCCAGCAGUUUGAAAACACUAUAAACAAUAGAUAGUAUGAGAAGUCUAAAGUUGAGGGAGAAAUGCUGUAAAUGCAGACUAAUGCAUACAAACAAGACCUGUCGCUACUAAUACAUGUAUAAUUUCUCAUAUCAUUACUGAAUCUAAGGAGAACCAUGUUCCAUUUCCCAACUUUUUAAUCCCUUUUCUUGGUAGAGAUUAAAAUCUAUACAAUAAACCUUGCAAAUUUUCA